GGCGCACACUGUUACAUUUCGAUAUACUUGGACGUUACCAACAUGUGGAAAUCUGCAUCACUCCUCUGUAUUGUGGUGGUCUUAAAUGAAGUCAGUGGGGUAAAUUCAAAAGAACCGAUACUGGGUAGGAAAUGCCCUUCUGGCUGGCAAAAAUUUGGAUCACAGUGUUUUAAAUUUUUUAAAGAACAGAAGACAUGGGCAGAAGCAGAGCAACAUUGUAUUGAGCUAGGUGGAAAUCUAGCACCUAUCCACAGCCAAGUUACCAACAAUUAUCUGAAAUCUCUUGUGAAAAAAGAGAAUGGUGCCAUGACCCGGACCUGGAUAGGUGGUCACGAUGCAACCGAGGAUUUUAUCUGGUUUUGGAGCGAUGGAUCAAAGUUUGACUACAAAGACUGGCACACUGGCGAGCCAAAUAAUGGAGCGAGGGUAGAAAAAUGCAUGGAGAUGGGUUAUGGAGAGGAGCAGCGUUGGAACGAUGCUCGCUGCAGCACCAAACUCUUCUUUAUUUGUUUCAGAUUAUCUAGAAUUGAAUUGUAAAGAAAUGUUAAGAAAAUCAUAGUCCAGAAUAAUCAAAAAUAAGCUUACAUCAUGGGUUUCAGAAAUAAGACAAAAAAGUCAUGCUUAUGAUAAAUUGAACUGACAACAAUGUCUACAAUAUCUUAAACCAAUUUUGACACACUUGUUCUUGUCGGAAACAUUAUUGAAUGUAUAAGACACAGUUUCACAGUUCAAUAUCUAUCUUUGCAAAACAACAUUUAUAAAGUUGUAUAUGUACUCUCAACCCUGCAGUGUAUUUGGCACAUAUUCGAUUCUGUUUUCUUUGGCAAUAAAUGGAUAUGUGGCGUAA